CGCGACGGCCAUGUUUAUUUCCUUCCGGCGGCCGAUGCGCGAUGGGGAACCAGUGGCAGGACGUUGCUCUUAUAUGCGAGCCGGACGCGAAGAACCCUCCCUCGGCGCCGGCGAAGUUCACGACGAUGACACGAGCCGCGAUUUCGAUAAUGGUGGCCUGUUUGCUGGUGAUUGCGGUGGCUUUGCCGAUUCUCCAUUUUCGAGAGGAUGCUCCCGACGAGGACAGAGGCUACGUGCAGACCGGCCGCGUCUUCUACCGCCACGUCAGCCCGGGCAAGGAGCCGCUGCGCGAUCACCAGCCGCCGGUGGUCAUGUCGAGCCCCAUGGACACGAAGGAGGCUUUCGA